AUGACGGUUGACGACCCGGAUAUGACGAUGCGCUGCCUCGACGAGCUGAAGGAAAUCUCGGUGCUGUUCGGUCAGGCGCAGAUUGAUGCGGGCGCGGAUGCGCUGACGUUCCCGGACCACGCUACGGGCGACCUGAUGCCGUACAUCGCGCAGACGGGGAUGGCGGCGUUCCACUUCGAUUCCAAGAAUGACCCGCAGGCGGCGAUGGAUGCGGUGGACGGCGGAAUUCGACUUGUGGGGAACAUCAACAAUCCGGAGACGCUGUACGCGCGGGGGCCCGCCGAAGUGCGCGAAGAGGUGCGGAAGUGCCUAGACGCGGGGGUGCAGCUGGUGGCGCCGGAGUGCGCGAUACCGCUGGCGACGAAGCUGGAGAACUUGCUGGAGAUUCCGAGGGCGGUAAAGGAGUGGCAUGGGGAGCGUGACUAA